CGGCGGACCGGAGCGGAGCCCACCCUCCUCCCCAGCCCCCCACCCUGGCCGCGGGGGCGGCGCGCUCCGUCUACGCGUCCGGGGCCCCGCGGGGCCGGGCCCGGAGUCGGCAUGAAUCGUUGCUGGGCGCUCUUCCUGCCUCUCUGCUGCUACCUGCGUCUGGUCAGCGCUGAGGGGGACCCCAUUCCAGAGGAACUCUAUGAAAUGCUCAGUGACCACUCCAUCCGCUCCUUUGAUGACCUUCAGCGUCUGCUGCAUGGAGACUCCGUAGAUGAAAAUGGGGCUGAGCUGGACCUGAACAUGACCCAAGCACACUCUGGAGGCAAGCCAGAAAGCUCAUCUCGAGGGAGGAGAAGCCUAGGUUCCCUGGCAGCCGCAGAGCCCGCUGUAAUCGCUGAGUGCAAGACUCGCACAGAGGUGUUCCAGAUCUCGCGGAACCUCAUCGAUCGCACCAAUGCCAACUUCCUGGUGUGGCCGCCAUGCGUGGAGGUGCAGCGCUGCUCGGGCUGCUGCAACAACCGCAACGUGCAGUGCCGGGCCUCGCAGGUGCAGAUGCGGCCGGUGCAGGUAAGGAAGAUUGAGAUUGUGCGGAAGAAGCCCGUCUUCAAGAAGGCCACCGUGACCCUGGAGGACCACCUGGCUUGCAAGUGUGAGACAAUAGUGUCCCCUCGGCCUGUGACUCGAAGUCCUGCGACAUCCAGGGAACAGAGAGCCAAGACGCCUCAAACUCGGGUGACCGUUCGGACGGUGCGAAUCCGCCGGCCCCUCAAAGGGAAGCAUCGGAAAUUUAAGCACACACAUGAGAAGGAGGUCCUGAAGGAGACCCUGGGGGCCUAGGGGCAUCGGCAAGCGUGUGGGCAGGGUUAUUUAAUAUGGUAUUUGCUGUAUCGCCCCCAUGGGGUCCUUGGAGUGAUAAUGUCGUUCCCCUCGUCCGUCUGUCUCGAUGCCUGAUUCGGACGGCCAAUGGUGCUUCCCUCACCCUGCGUGCCCGGCCACCUCCACCAGCAGCCAGCACUGCUUCGCCUGCCCUGCAGCCCCAGAAGCAAACAAAGGACUCUACUCCAUGCUGCUUCUUCCGUUGACCCCCAGAGCCUGGGACAAGUGUGCAGGAGCCUCACGGGGGACUGUGGACUGGCCCUAGGAACGUGGGACUUGGCCAGAGGACCUCUGCGUGUCCCGCAUGGUUCCUGGACCCCCGGCCAGCCAGCAGGGAACACUUUCGGGCAGGCUAGGGUCCCUUGUAGUCCCACGGCCAGGACCACAUGGGGAGCACAGACUAGAGGAACCCUCAUGGCACCAUAGCUGCCACUCAUCUCUCCCUGUCCCCCCAGCCCAUGGUGGCUUUUCAUUUUAUAAGUAUGAAAUCAUGGAAGACAUGAACUCCUCUGGGCAGGCGGCCACACGCCUCUGAUGGAUGAGAGGUGCGGUGUGCUUGUGGCCUGGGCCAUGUCUCCUGCCUCUUCCCUCUUCCGCUACGUUCACUUCUGUUCCAUUUCUCUACCUCCACUCCGUGUCUUCUUCCUCAGUCUGCUCCACCGUGGGGUGCUUGGGUCCCUAUCGAGGCUCUGAAUGACCCUGUCAUUCUUCCUUAGGACAGGAGACCUGUCUAUUAUAUUCCACUCCAGCCAAGACUGCCCAGGAAGGUUGUGUGGGAUGUGUGUUGCACAUGCUCACACCCUGAAUGUGGCCAAUUUGUCUAUUUAUUGUGACUUUCUGGCAGAUGUAGGUCAAGCCUCUGAGGAAAGGAAACCUUGUUUCAAUUCACUCCGAGGCCCUAUGUGGACUGGCUGUGUGUGCGUCCUGACCCAGCCUGAAGCUCGCACUGAGCCUGUGGUGCUGGGGUAGCAACGUGGUUUUGUUGCCUCCACUUCCCCAGCCUCAGCUUCAGCUGUUCCCUUCCAGGCAGGUGUGGGACACUAGGACAUCUUCCAGGGAGGGGCAGCCUGGCUGGGCUCUCUCCUGCUUGCACACUGCCCCUCAGACCGUUUGUGGUUUUACCUGAUAGCUUCUUCCAGGAAGCUAGCCGGUAGACUGGAAGUGGGAGAGAGAGGGAGAGCUCUGGAGCCCUCAGGAGGACUGGGGUAGAUGCACCCCCUUCCCCCCUCCCCCUGCACUUUCCCCUCCCCCUCCCAGGUCCGCUUCCUUCAGUUUGUAAAGUUGGUGAUUAUAUUUUUGGGGGCUUUCUUUUUAUUUUUUAAAUGUAAAGUUUAUUUAUAUUCCGUAUUUAAAGUUGUAAAAAAAAAAGCCACAAAACAAAACCAA